CACGGUAGCUGUUUUUCGUCAUCUUUGCAAGGAAGAGCGGCAAGUGAAGCACAAAAUCUGAAAGGGGAGCCUACAGCCCUAUAAUCACAAUGACGGCAACAGAAAGCAGCAACUCAAACCCCAACGGUGCCGCCAGGCACGAGGAGCACCAGUACCUCGACCUGGUGCGCGAGAUCCUCGACACGGGCGAGCACCGGCCGGACCGCACGGGGACGGGCACUUACUCCGUCUUCGCGCCGCGGCCGCUCAAGUUCGCCCUCAACCGCGACGGCGCCCCGGUGCUGCCCCUCCUCACCACCAAGCGCGUCUUCACGCGGGCCGUGGUGCUGGAGCUAUUGUGGUUCGUGUCGGGCAGCACGUCGUCGGCGCCGCUGAGCGAGGCCGGCGUGCGCAUCUGGGACGGCAACGGGUCGCGCGAGUUCCUCGACUCGCUCGGCCUGGGGCACCGCGACGUCGGCGACCUGGGCCCCGUCUACGGCUUCCAGUGGCGCCACUUUGGCGCCGAGUACGUCGACGCCAGGACCGACUACGCCGGCCAGGGCGUCGACCAGCUCGCAGAGGUGGUGCGCAAGCUGCGCGAGAGCCCCUUCGACCGCCGCAUCAUCCUCAGCGCAUGGAACCCGCGCGACAUGCACCUCAUGGUCCUGCCGCCCUGCCACAUGUUUGCCCAGUUUUACGUCUCGUACCCGCGCGGUGGCCCGAGGCAGCAGCAGCAAAGGGCGACGGCAGCGGGUGCGGAGGCGCCAGCAACAGCAGCAGUAACAGCAACAGAAACAGCAGAAGCGGCAGCCCAGCCCCAAAACGGAGGAGGGGAGCCGCAGGCGAGGCCAAAGGGCCACCUCCACUGCCAGCUGUACCAGCGGUCCUGCGACAUGGGCCUGGGCGUCCCCUUCAACAUCGCGAGCUACUCGCUGCUGACGCACAUGCUCGCCCACGCCUGCGACCUCGUGCCCGGGUCGCUGACCCACGUCAUGGGCGACGCCCACGUCUACGUCGACCACGUCGACGCCCUCCGCACCCAGCUCGAGCGCGAGCCCCGCCCCUUCCCGGAGCUCGAGAUCGCCCGCCCGCCCGAGACGGUGGGCGAUGGCAACAUCGAUGGCUGGAAGCUCGAGGACUUUGUCGUCAAGGGGUACGACCCGCACAAGGCCAUCGCCAUGAAGAUGUCGGUGU